AUGCCACCAGGCCCUUGUGCACACUUGAUUAGUCAGUCUUUUAAACAAAGAAUAGAUCCAGAAGGGUACGCUUGGGCAAAAAAAAAAUGUUGUUGGGAUGAAACAAUAGACUCGGUGGUGAGGCAAGCUUGGGCAAGGAAAGUGGCAGAAAGUUAUGGUCAAUAUCUCUUCAACAUGAGAAGUCCAAAAGGAAACAAACAUGGCUUUAAACCAACUCAUAUUCCACAGGAAGUCUGGAACUCCUGGCAAUUAAAAUGGAAUACAGAAGAAUGCAAGACAAAAUUUGAGCUGAACAAGAAAAAUAGGUGUAACGGUGUGGCUGCUGGAGUAGCAAAACCUACACAUAACGCUGGAUCCGCAAGUCAUUUAAAGAUAGCUUCUGAUUUGAAGAGGAAAUUAGGAAAUGAGCCACCCCAUAGUGAAUUAUUCAUGUAUACACACACGAAGAAUCACGAUGGAGCGGCCUAUACAGAAAAAUGGGAAGAGUUGGAAGCUAAAGGUAUUGAAUUUGAGGAGGACAAGCUCUUUUAUGCUGUUGUUGGUGGUCAUGAUAAAAAAAAAAGACUUUAUGGAUUAGGCUCUUUUGCAAAUGCGAUUCCCAAUAGGAAUGGUAAAAUGGAUGUAUCUUAUUGGGAAUCGCAUUUGCAAGUUUCUUAA